UCAGUAGACGACAUUUAAAUCUCGAAGAUGCAUCACUGAAACAGAUUUCAUAACGCCUUUCUGGAAAACCAAUUUUAUUUUAUGACGAACUUGAGACACGGAAGGCCUCCUUGACCUCUGUUGAGGUUGGAGACGAUUACAAUUACAUUACGCGGUUGAAUCUUUUGUAUCCGAACGUUAUUGUGUUCGAGCAGCUCAGCUUGCAAUGGAUUGUCAGUUUCCUGGACUGGAGGACGUUUGCAAACAGUGGGGUAUUUCUGCCAUUGAAAGAUGUCCCCGGAGUGUUACAGGUGCAAGUCUUCAGAUGACAGACAGAUUCAAGGAGGGAAUCGUUCGGGUGGAUGAAAUCCCGACAAUCGGAUGAGAUCCUGACGUUUGAAUGAAAUCCUAGCAGUUAGAUGAAAUCCUGAUGGUUGGAUUAAAUCCUAACCUUUGGACGAGGCUCUGGUUGAUGGACGAAGCUCUGACGGGUUGACUAGUUGUUGUUCAGAUUAUAGUAUGUUGUUUGGUUGUCGAUCUGGUUCAUGUGUAGGUUCCAGCUGACGCACCUGUAUGCGCCAACGCCUCCAUACAAUACAUUUACGGUGUACUGUUGUGAGUCAUGGAUCUGGCGACCAGAACAUAGAUCUGUCAUGAUUGGAUAUGUACGACCUUUGAAGCGGAGCAAGAGUAAGAGAUGAACUGACAGCAGGGCGUUAUCUAGAGGUAGCCGUGGAUGUGUCAGCCUCCCUCUGUGAAAGUACAUCCUUCUUGUAAGGUGACUGGAUCGAUAGUUCCCGCUGAUUGAGCAGGCCUUACUUUCCACACUGCGUAACGCUGCCAGGAGCUGUGAGCGAGCCUAGGCGACGCCUACAGCGCUACUUUCCUGCCGACAGAAGUUGUUGUACAGUGUGCUCCUGAGUCAUUUAGAAGCGGUGUAGAGCAGAACAGUAGUCUAACCUUUCCUAACGCUCAGGAUACAAAUAAUCUCAAGCUGUGAAUGAAGCGAGUCCUCCAGAAGUGAAGCUCACACCAGGUCUGAGGCGAACUUAAACGCCAGCCGCACAGCAGAACUGUAGAAGAGAACGUGUUGAUGCGUGAAAGCUUUGAAGAGAAAACAAUAUUGGAAGGUGUUUAACACAUCGAGGUUAUCGACGGCGAAACAUACCCGUGAGAGAAAUCUGUCCAUAAUCCUUGAUAUAGCUUCCUCGGAAACCGCAGGUGAAAGGUAUACUGUGUUCCGCGAGGGUCUCGUUGGAUCAGUGUGUAAGAAGUGAUCGGAUCGGCGUGUCGUGAACAGUUACAUUGCCAUCCCGAACGAGCAGUUAAGUAUCAGUACCGCCGUCUAUAAACAUACGUAACAUUUUCCUGUGAGGCGUUAUAAGCCGCUCAAGGGAUUGAGUUGCCUCAGUGUAAAGCCAAGCUUCUCUGGAAUUUAUUUCGGUUUUAAUUGCGAGUGGCGGCUCGGUUGAGCUGUGAGGUGUUUCUCUGUAAUCCCUAUGGGGAGAGUGGAGUGGGCAGUGUUGUGAGAUGCAUGCUAGGUCCGGAGAAGCCUCAAGGUCCAGCACUUUAGAGAGAGUUCACGGAGAGAAGGGCAGUGCGUCUAUGUCCCGGAUCACUGAGCUUAGACUAUAUGGUUCUCCUGAUCAUAUUGUGAAAGGUCAACCCCCAGUUGACCCAACUAAGGACGGAAUUCGUAGACUUGUUGGAAAAUAUGAGUCUCCGGAGAAUCUUUGUAUAAGUCCCACUGUCAUUCGAACAAGUAUGAAUGGUCUGGAUAAACCGGGAAGUGUCGUUGGCGGUCCUGCGAUGUCCGAUUGUUCUUCGGACAUUUCCGACGCAACGCCGACCUGGCCGAGCACGGCCAACGUGGCCGCGACGAACUUUAGCGAAGGGGUAACGGAGCAGGAUAUUCUACAGGUGGAGAUGUUUUAUAAAAGUCAUAAGACAGAGGUAUGCGUGUGUCGGUGUCUAGCCAACCUCUACUUUGGUGGUGCCAAAAACGCAGCACAGGGGGACACGUGGGAGUUUCACAACACUGGCAUUCCGGUGUUAGUUCUAGAUUCCGGGGAUCACCAUAGAAACAGGAAGUUGCGCAUAAUCAUGGCGGAGAAAGGGACCGGAUUCACACUGUGGAAGGAAGGAAUUGACCAUUUGUCCAAAUACAGCGUACCCUCUGCAAACUUCCACACCAUGUAUCUCACCACAGACCACACCAAACAAGCUGGCCUUAGCUUUGAUGACAGCAACGCCGCUGUCGAGUUCUACUCCUUCAUCUCGACCUUGACCUCUGAUCCCAAUGAUGAUCUGUUUAAUCUGAGCAAGAAAAAGAACAAGAAAAAGAAGAAAGACAAGUCGAAACCGAAGUACAAGGCACCCAAGAAGACGGACAUUUCACAGCCUUGUUGUUUUGUUCACGUGACCAAACUUGAACGACCAGAUUUCCCUCCCCCUCCUUCAAGGCUAGGCGACCUAUCUCAUCUAAUGGGUGCCAAGUUAGUAAUACCACGAAGCACAAGUUCGGAAGUGUCCGACGAUUCAACGUCACAUUCAGCCGCUUCCGAACACUCGUAAUGUCAACUGGUUGACAUUAUAAUUGACUCCCAAUGGUAUGUGAUAACGUCAUAUAACUCAUUGCUACGUCACUAUAGCAUGGUGUGUGUCUUAACCCUUUAUAACAACUAUUUAUUGACCCUAUUGGAGGGAUGGCUGUGUACAACUACGAGAAUGGAUAUUCACCUGUCUUUGUGACGUAAACAACAGCAUAAGAAGGCUUUGAGCCCGGGUUGAGGAUUAUACAAUUGAACCAUCGUUGUGGAUACCACGUGUGCCAGAUUCGACAUUCAAUGCAACAUCAAUGUUUUUGUGACGUCAAGAUGACGUCACUUGUGUGUACGUUACUUGUUACUUAUUCAAUAUGAGAUGUGCAAUGCAAGGGUUAAUUAAGCACGUGCUUAAAGUGUUUGGCGUCUUCCGUUCGUUUGGAUUAUUUUGUGAAAAUGUGUGUACGUCAUCACUUUGUGUGGCGAUACGAUGUCAGCACAAAAAGCAACGUAAUAUGCAACUUUGCUCCAUGGUGCUACAGAUAAGGAAGUGACAGACAGAUAUUUCGAGCGGAGCGAUACUGAUCUCUUAGUGUUGUUAGCCGACAUAGGUCUAGCACUAACAACCGUUGUUCAACACUCUUUGCAUGGUCUGUAUUAUAGUAGUUGCCAACAGUGCUAUUGUUACAUUUUCCUGCAUUUUUCAGCUUUAUGAAUAUUACCCAUCCUGCAAUACUGAAUAUGAGCGAUCAAGCAUCAUAGACAUAGAUCCGACCACCACAACAAUCUCAGAGCACUGAACACGAGUAAUGUAUCGAUACAGAUAUCGGUGCGAUAUAUAUCGCGAUACAAACAUAUGUUAACGAUACAUACCUCGAUAUGUAUGAAUAUAUGAGAUCCAAACAUUUCUGCCAUGACCAGUACCACGUUAAUUAUACAGAUUUUACAAAUUUAUUUCUCUUAGUCACAUUGCGAUACAGUCGGUUUAUCCUGUCGGAAACCGUAUCGCCUUAUCGUUACAUCUCGACUCCACUGAACAAAUCCCUUGUAGAAAGUAGUCCUGUAGUUGUAUUACGUCUGCUUAUGUAUCAUUCCGCGGAGUUGUAAAAGUUAAAUAUACCGUGGCCUGUGUCUAAAUGUGUCCCUUUUGACUGAUUUGGCUCUGGAAAAGUUUCAAUUUUCCUGGCACGUACAAUCUUGUUUAUCCAGGAACUCACGUUUGAGAAACUUAAUGUUAUCACCGUGUUUACAUUUGUAUUUUCUCCAAGGGAAGCUGUUCAAUCUGAAGCUAUCUAUUUUCGACCCUUUAUUCAAUAUAGGUAAAAGACCCCAAACCGAGACAAGGAGAGAUGCUAUCGCUCCUUCAGAAGAGUAUCACUCUCUCAGCUCACAAUAUGAUAUUAUAUAGGUGAUCCCGACGAAAAAACCGUAACUUUACAAGCUCAUUAAAAUCAGUUAUUUUACUCCUGUGCCAGCCCUUUCAGACUAAUGCAUGUCAGCCCUCUUAAACUAAAGUUGAGGUUUUGAAAAUAUGUAAUUUCGAUGGAAGCAAAAUUCCAUUUAAAUUGAAAGGAAGCCCCAUUGAGAUAGGAGAUUGAAAAUCUGAGUUUGCUUCAGUUAGGGUGUCAGCGUUACAGUAAGGGUGGAAAAGGAGGGAGACGAUAUCAUUAGGUACUGUGAGACCGAUUACAGACCUCUCUGCUUUAGAUCUGAAAACACCUCCAGAGAAGGUCGCGUCAGGUGACCUUUGACGGCCAACCAAAAUGAACGAAGCACGGGUUCAUACGCCAAUCAGUUGACUCCUUUCAAGAACGAUUUGGUAUUAUUUUUAUAACCACCAUAUUCGCAUAUUUUAACAGCUAUUCCAUUGAUCCUACCCCUCUUUCUGAUUAUUAAAAAGGACGGGGUUUACACAAACUCCAAGACAGCGUAAUGGCGCCAAAACAUUUAUGACUUUUUGAGUACGCGGUGUUUAACGUUGGAUUAUAAUUAAAUGCAUUGCUCACGGUUACCGAAUGGUUUUAAAGCUUCGAUGCUGACUGGUCAUCGAUAGUUCACCUGACGCGACCUCCUACAGAGCUGUCCACGGACGGAGAGAUAUGUACAGGUUUAAAAUCAGAUUUUAACUUUAUGACUCAUGGGUAUUUGAAGACCAAAUUACCAAAUGCAUUAUAAACACAUCCUAGUUUGGAGAUGUUUUAAUAUUGGCUUCAAGUGCCCUCGUGAUGACUAAUGGUAUAAGAAAUUAGGGUACUGUCUUGUUACUGCACGUGCUGAUCAGGCAAUGUUUGUUUGUUUGUGAUUGUCGAGUGUGUUCUUAUCUGCUGGUCAGGCAGUCCAACACUUGGCGAUCGCUUGCUUCGCCGUCAAUGUAGCCGUUGCAGCCACGACCACAGCCACGACCACCACCCCGUCAUUGCAUCAUCACGGUGUUAUUACCACUGAUAUUACAAAGUCAAAACAACGGAAGUCUAUUCGCCAUCCCCGGUAACCAAGAGUAUCAUGUCUCAUUUAAAUUACGUAAAAUAUCCCGGACCCUAUGGCCUAGUUCGAAUCCGACAUAAAGCGGUAGUGACCGUCUAAACAAAGUACCAAGAACAUAUUGCUGAGUUGGGUAUAUCCAGGGUAUAUAUCGUAAAGAGAUGAUUGUAAUACCCUUGAUGAACGAGGAUGACCUGUUCCAUGAACGGUUAGUUAUAUUGGUGACUGUUGAGGGGAGAGGAUUGGUGUCGCUUCAAAACCACAACGCCUUUUUACACAAUGCUGGAAAGCAAGAUAAAUUGAUUAUUUAGAAAAUACUCGCCAGUUAACAUUACAUGAUUACCCAAUUUUGCCUGUUGGUGGUAGGUGUGUCGGAUAUUGCUGGAUCUGCCACGCCCAUGUCACGUGGUCCUGGCUGUAACUGACAAGGUGUGUCACCGACGUAGCGUCUUAUCAUUAUCAUUUGUUUUCAAAUGCUGGUAUUUUUGGAUAAAUAUCUCAGAUAUG